UAUUACCAAAUGCAGUGAUAUUGCCCAAUAGCAAGUGGAGAAGGGAAAAGAGGCUGGUCUGAGGUCUUUAUAAACGUCGGUUACAUCCGCGCUUCAGUUGCACGUAGUAAAUAACCACAUCUUUGUUAUAGUGAAGAAAUAGUCCUGAGGCGAUUUGCAAACCAUUUAAAGAGUGUUUAAGGACUUGUUGUGGGUGAUCACCAGUGGACAAUCAAGCUUUACAGGUUUCCUCAAUUGAAAGACAUGGAUGAUAUCCAGGUUGCGUCAAAAGCACCCCUGCUUGUUGACAGGGAAUUGCCAGGGUUGAGAGAGGCUGUAGCACAACUCGUGAUAAAGGAGCACGAUGUAGAGACUCCCCAUGGAAGGAUCCACUGCACCAUGAAAGGGGUGCCCAAAGGAGACCGCCCCGUCAUCCUCACCUUCCAUGACAUUGGACUGAACCACAAGACGUGCUUUGACUCCAUGUUCCAGCAUGAGGACAUGCAGGAGAUCAUGCAGCACUUUGCUGUGUGCCAUGUCGAUGCCCCUGGACAGCACGAGGGGGCCAACACCUUCUCUACCGGGUACGAGUACCCCUCCAUGGAUCUGCUGUCUGAGUCUCUCCCCCUGGUCCUCAAGCAUUUUGGUCUGAAGAGCGUCAUUGGAAUGGCCGUCGGAGCUGGAGCCUACAUCCUUGCAAGAUUCGCUCUGGACUACCCCAUGUUGGUGGAAGGCCUGGUUCUGAUUAAUAUCAACCCCUGUGCUGAGGGGUGGAUGGACUGGGCUGCAAACAAGGUCACUCCUUUGCCUGACAUGCUCAUCGGCCAUCUCUUCGGAAAGGAGGAAAUCUCCAACAACCAUGACCUUAUUGCCACCUAUCGCCAUCACAUCAUGAAUGACAUGAACCAGUACAACCUUCAACACUUUGUUAAAGCUUACAACAGCCGGCGUGAUCUGGAGAUUGAGAGGCCCAUUCCUGGUGGAAAAGUCACCGUCAGAACCCUGACGUGUCCUUCUCUGUUGGUGGUAGGAGAUAGCUCUCCGGCCGUUGACGCUGUGGUGGAGUGCAAUACUAAGCUGGACCCGACAAAGACCACACUGCUGAAGAUGGCUGAUUGUGGAGGCCUGCCCAUGGUUGACCAGCCUGCAAAGCUGACAGAGGCCUUCAAGUACUUCAUUCAGGGAAUGGGCUACAUGCCUGCUGCCAGCAUGACCAGACUGGUCCGCUCUCGCACGGCGUCCGGAUCCAGCAUCCACUCCAUGGAAGGCAACAGGAGCCGGUCUCACACCAACGAGGGAAACCGAAGCCGGUCACACACCAACGAGGGAAACCGAAGCCGGUCACACACCAACGAGAAGCGUGGCCGCUCCCACACAGACAGUAUGGAAGGCACAGCAAACAGCAGCGCCGCUCUCAAGUCCACUGAAGUGUCCUGCUAGAUGACCCUUACCCUCAACCUUUAACCUCCUGCCCCCUGGUUCCUGCUGCGCUGCCACUAACCGUUCACACACACACACACACAGGAUUCCAUUCAAUGCAAUUGGGAUACCCCCAAUUGGAGAAUGUUUUCUCUAUGCAAAGAGUUGUUUUUGUAAAGAUAUGCAAGUAUAUACUACUGAAUAAUAAAAUAAAUUCUAUAGAGGAAUAGAAAUAAACGGAUCCUUUCCCAUCUGCAGAGUCCGGUGGAAUAUCUAGGUGUUAGGGGCAACGCAGCUGAGCGACACCGCAACAGAGAAUGUGGGAGAAAGCUGUUGCUGCAGAGCGAGUACCUAGUACACCAGUUUGUACCUUUUUCUUUUUUUUUUUUUAUCUCAUUAGGAUUUUUUUGUUUGUUUUGUAGUGUUUUAUCAUAUCUGACACAGUUUUCUUCAAUACAUACCUGACUGUAAAUGAGUUUUUUUUCUGUUCUCAUUGUUAUUGUUCAUUAACUUUUCAGUGUUAUAAUUCAUGUUCUGUGUGAUAUAGGAUAGACAGUGUUAGGCCUAGAUGUGGAGAAAGAAUAGGGAGGCAAGUGGAUCAAGUUUUUUUGCUCAAAUUGAUAUUCGUCUUUGAAACAGUGGGAAGGAGGGAAUCGGAAAUGUAUCGUGUAUACAACACAUUCCUGUAACCAUUCCUCUGUUUUAUGUUGUCCAAUCAUUUUGAGUUAACAGUCUCCUGGAUGUUCUGUAUCUGUCAACUCUGUGGAAUCAAACAAUUGUAACUGUUCUAUUCUAGAACAUUCCAAAAUACGCUAUUCUUUUCAUUAAUCAAACAACAAACUAAAUCGAACAGCUUUGCAUCCUAUUGCUUUAUUAACAGAUCAUGGCUUCAGGCAAAAGUUUUUAUUUUGGAUAUUUUUUUUGUGUAUGUAAAUGUUCUCUAUGCAAUCAAGCAUGGCAGAACAAAGAUGUGCCAUGGAAACCUUCUCUGAUUUAUUAAAGUUAUUUUCUUGUGAUGGAUUUGAGAGAAUCAAGCUGAUAGAUCCACAUAAUGUAAUAUGAGGAUAGUUAUCUGUAGGACGUAUCAAAAACCCUCCCACUCUUACUUGCACUACAGCAACACUUGCCGGCUUUGUAGAAUACAGGCCUACAUCGCUUUGUAAAGAUGCACAACUGCCUAAUGCUGUAGAUGAGAAGCAUUAAAUAUGGCAUAACAGUUUUGUAUUUAUUUAAUAAAUAAAAACCUAUAACUUUU